UUCACACCCUGCGUACCUUCUCAAGUAGCUUAAGUGACUGUUGAAAAAGUUCCAACAGUUGUUUGAACUGUUUUGGCAUCUAUUCAGUUAAAAUCUCCUCUUGUUUUAAAAGAGGAGGGUGACAUACAAUUGCAAACAAUUUGCAUCUACUAAAACAACUAUCACCCCAGUUUGAACAAUAAUUUCUCUAAGUUUCAAAAUGACAAGUGUUUUGAUUGAAACAAGUGAGUGUUAAAUUUUAAGGCAAAGACAAUUUUCUCCAUCAAACCCAAGUAUCUUAUUAUCACUGCACUAUGAAGUUUUGUAUAUUGAUUAGCAGCAAGGAGCAGCUACAUGUAGUUGAAAGGAAAUUCUUAGAUUCAUAGUAGUAAGAUCUAGUGGAAAGAAACUGACUAUUAUUUAGAAUGAGCAUCUCAAGAAUUCAAUGAGCUAUUUUUUGCCCACAACUUGGAUUUUUUUUCUACUUCAUAACUGUCAUGAAUUCACUAGUAAAGUUCACAAACAAUAUGUAAUUGUAAAACUUGCCUUUCAAACAGUUAUGUGCAAGGUGUCAUCUCUAUUUAAGAAUAUGUCAUGUUUACUGUUAAGAUUUUAAAAUGCUACUUUCUUGAUGGUAUGGUGUACAUGUAUGUUGCACUCUGGAUACUGAACAGUCAGUAGGGGAUAAAAUUUUCAUUGAUGACAAUGGCACCCAUGUGAAUGAUAAUGAUGAUGAUAAUGAUGAAAGUCAUGAUGAUGGUUAAUGAUGACAAUAAUCUUCAAUAAUAAUGAUUAUGAUAUGUGGUUUAACAUAUCUAGAAACAUCCAGGGUCAGGAACGUGCGAUGGAACAUUUAGAAACAAGCGAUACUUUACCUGUGAGCCAGACUCUGGGGUUUUUGUUGGACUGGACAAAUUGACACCUAGAGAAGAUGAAUAUGACUUGAAAUCUUCAAAAAUUGGGAAAAAAGACAAAAUGGAAGUACCCAGUAUGAACUUUAUUAUUCUAAGGGAUUGUUUCGGACAUGUAGUUGAAAAAAACAUGUGGACACUGGGCUUUACGACAAAGCCUAAACAAAUCAGUGUUUUACGAGGUGAGUUAUCAGAAGCUCUUCCAGAGGCUGAACAGCCUGCAGACUUAACUAAAGUAGCUCUUGUUGGAAUUGAAUGUAAAUCAUUACGUCUUGAGUGUCCAAUGAAGGAUAUGGCUCGACUAUCUGAGGAAGAAACCAACUUGCUUUUAGCAAUUACUUCACCUGAAGGAAGAUACAAAGCAUAUAUAGAUAGGAAACAUAUGGCAUUUGGCCAACAAUUGUCAAUUGGAAGUGAUGUUUGGGUUGAAGUGGAAGGAAUCACACAGAUUUUGCCUGGUACUGUUUGGUAUAAAGGUGUAUUACCGCCCAAUCUGGGAACUUGGUUUGGAGUUGAACUCAUUAAACAUCCAGGGUCAGGAACAUGCGAUGGAACAUUUGGCAACAAGCGAUACUUUGUCUGCGGGCUAGACUGUGGGGUUUUUGUUGGACUGGACAGAUUGACACCUAGAGAAAAUGAAGAUGACUUGAAAUCUUCGAAAAUUGCAGAACAAGACGAAAACAUUCAGGCUGAACUUAAAUCAAGUCUUCAGGAUGCUAUAUCGUCAUUUUGGAAGGGAAAACACGAGCAAAGGCAAUUUCAAGGAAUUGAUGGAGUGCUUAAGACUGGUGAAAGAGUUGUGACAUUUAUUGAGGAUAGUCCAGCCAGGGGAACUGUGCGAUAUAUUGGUGAGGAGGAGGAUUCAACUAGAAAUUUUCGUACAAUUGUAGGAUUAGAACUGGAUGAAAGAUUGGGAUUUGGUUGUGGUAAAAGACGUGGCUCUCAAAAGUUUGUUUGUAAGAGGGAUUUUGCAUUAUUUGUACCAUUGGAAACUGUCAUACCAGAGAAGGACUUUGAUGGUUAUUUUGGAGAAGCUGCAGGACAAGAAGCUCAGGGAAAGCGGGAGCAAAUUCAUGAAGACGAAAUGUAUGCAAGAUCAAUGAGCUGUGGUAAUUUACCAUCAGUUACUAGUACGGAAUCUGUCAAAAAACUGAGAAGAGCAACUUUAAUGACCUUUGCUGAAACAGAACUCAUGAUGGCAGCUGGAGAAUCCAGCAAAACCAAUCGACAGAAAUUUAUAGAGAAACGACGUCAGAUGCUCAGGGAGUUUGAGUGUAAAAACCUGCCCAGUGACAAUCAAGAUAAUGCUGUCAUCACACACGAUGCAGAAAGGAGAGACAGUACCGAAGAUUUUCACUUUAAUGAUGCUCCUUUCAAAGACACUCCUCUGGUCAGUUGUGGUCAAACUUGGGAAAGGACGGUUCACCUCGGUUUGGCCAGUAGUGACCCCGAGAAUAGAAGACGAAAAACUCUUGAAAAGCAACGGCAAUCACGAGACAUGGAAGGUCAGCUGCCGAGCUUGCAAGAGAAACCGAGAGAAAAUGACGAAGAAGAAAAGAAUUUACUCGAACGAUUGAGAGAGAUGGAGCAGCAGUUGGCUCAAUUACGAGCACAACUGGAAGAGAAAGAGUCGGAAAAGCAGGAACAAGGUGACAGAUUACAGAGACAGUUGCGGGAGAUGGAGCAACGGUUGGCAGACGAACACGAACGACUGCAGGAGAAGCAUGAUCAGCCUGUGAACCCCGAAGCACAAGUGAAACAGAUGGAGGAACAGCUGACAAACGCUCAAGGACAGUUACAAGAGAAGCAUGAUCAGUUAGUGAACUCCAAAGCACAAGUGAAAAAGAUGGAGGAACAGCUGACAAACGCUCAAGGAAAGUUACAAGAGAAGCAUGAUCAGUUAGUGAACUGCGAAGCACAAGUGAAAAAGAUGGAGGAACAGCUGACAAACGCUCAAGGACAGCUACAAGAGAAGCAAGAUCAGUUAGUUAACUCAGAGACACAAAUCCGGGAAGUAGAGGAACAAGUGACAAACUUACGAAGACAGUUACAUGAACAUUUAGUGAAUUCAGAAGUACAAAGUAGAGAGGCGACACAGCAAUUGACCGAUAUCCAAGAGCAACUACAGGGAAAAGAUGAAGAAAUUGCUGGUUUAAAAAAUCAGUUAACUGAACUCGAAAUGACUCUCUCGACAGCUCAACAAUUAGCGUUAAAUGCACGUCAACGGCAGGAGUCACCUGACUGGGUCAUUUCACGCGAUCAAAUUCACGUGACAGAUAAAUGCCUCGGAAGGGGAGGCUGGGGACAUGUUGUGGAAGGAAAGUAUUGUGGUUGUGCCGUAGCUGUGAAACAAAUCCAUGAGUUGAUUCUUUCCAAUCACAACCGCAGUUUGUUUGUGCGAGAAAUGAACAUAGCUUCAAGAUGUCGUCACCCAUGUUUGUUGCAGUUCGUUGGGGCCACAAAUGACGAAGGAAGUCCUUUGUUUGUCACAGAGCUGAUGGAAACAAGUUUACGAGCACUGUUAAAGCGACCGCUUUCCGCUACUGAAUUGUUCGUUAUUUCCCUGGAUGUGGCUCGAGCAUUAAACUAUCUUCACCAGAAGCAACCAUCUCCCAUCAUUCACCGGGACAUCAGCAGUGCAAAUGUGUUGCUAUGGCGACAAGGUGACCAAUGGCGAGCCAAGGUUUCAGAUUAUGGCACAGCCAAUUUCAUGCAACAUACCAUGACAGUUGCACCUGGAGCGCCAAUUUACAGUGCACCUGAAGCAGUCACUAAAAACCAAACCGUUAAGGUUGAUGUAUACAGUUUUGGUGUUCUUCUUUGUGAGAUGUCGAUCCAGGAAAUGCCAGAUCCUGAAAAGCGUGAACAGCAAGUUGCACUUGUAAAAAACCGCGUGAUUCGAAAUCUCAUCCGGAGAUGCUUACAAACAGAGCCUGAGGCGAGACCGUGUAUGGAGGAAAUAAUCGAUGAACUUGAAAAGCCAACGCUAUACAAAAAGACAAACGAACUCAAUCAAAACUAAAACAAGAACGAAAAAAACUUAACUACACAACCGUUUGGUGGAGCUAUAAUGGUAGGACUGCUUGUAGAAUAACAGAUCGGAUAGUUAACUGAUUAGCUUGUGUUUCUUAUAGGAAAUCAGGCUUUUGAGCUGUAGAUAGGUCCAAAAUACGGCUUAAAAUUGUUGCCUUUUUUGCAGCGAAUGAGCAAUUUUCUGCAAAGAAGUACCUCUCUUUUGCAUUAUGUUACCAGAAAACUGCAUAUCUCCCAGCCAAUCAGAUUGAAGAACGUUUGUCAUUUAUUUCAGUUAUUAACUGAUGCAUAAAAGAAGGCAGUGCUUUUCUUUUAUUCAAGCCAAAAGAGGGUGUUAAGAUAAAAUGUGGAAGUAACUCGAUUCAAACACAAAAGAUUUGGUAACGACACUGUAGAAACCCAUUAACUCGGACUGUGAAGGGAAAUGAUGAACACUUCAAGAAAAAUCUUUGCAAAUGUCAAUGGGAACGGAAGGCGAAUGUGCGUGUUAUGCAUGAGAACAGGUUACUAUUUAACAACUAUUUAUCGAAGUGGAAGUGGAUAGUGGUGAAUAUUUACCGAACUGCGAUGAGGCGAGGUAAAUAUCCACCGCUAGCCACUGACAUUGAGGGAAUAGUUGUUUUUAACAUAUACUAAAACUGUGAGAUAAUAUAGCCCAAAAAGAUGAUUUCAACUCGCUUACUCCUGCAGCAAUUAAAAUAAUUUCUAGUGCAAUCCCGCGCGAGUUGCUCGGCAGUGAAUAGCAAAGGAUGUUCGAAGUUUGAGCGGCCAAUCAGAACGUGCUUUAACACCAUCCACUAUUUUAAUUUAUACUAAAUUUUGUUAUGAGUGGAAUUCGUUCGUGUGAGAUGAUUAAGCUGAGCGCAUGCCUAAAAAAUUA